CUUUUUUGAGUCCUAGGGUCCACAGAGGGAAACAAUCCAGGUCUAAACUGUUUAUAAUACCUACUCCCUGCCAGUCCCUACUCCCGCAUAUAGUAUAAAGAAGCCUCAGGGGGUGCACAUUCCUGAAGUGGAACAGAAGUGAUGAAGAGAAUGGGUUGUCUGGGGAGAAAAAUCUCAUAGUAGUGUGACAAGUGUCCAAGACAUUUUCAGUGUGCAAGAGUAUUCAGGAUAACCAAUGGGACUGCUCCUUUUCAAAAGUGAGGGGGAAGGUAAAAUUAAAGGUGGUGUGAUAGCGUACAUCAGCUCCUCCAGCUCAGCAUCUAGUCCAGCCUCUUGUCACAGCGAAAGUUCAGACAGUGGUUUCCAGUCAUCCUCUUCGCCUGUACCAUCUUCACCAAGCAGUUCCUCCUCUGAAAGCAGCUGUAACAGCAGGAGCAGCGAGAGCUCCGACAGCUCACCAAAGAACGAUCAACUAGAUGAUGCCAUUAAAACAAACCAGUCUAAGGUUGCUGGAUUGACCAAGGGCCACAGUAGCGUCACAAAAUUCAGUGGCAUGGUCCUUCUCUGUAAAGUCUGUGGAGACGUUGCUUCAGGAUUCCAUUAUGGGGUUCAUGCUUGUGAGGGCUGCAAGGGCUUUUUCAGAAGAAGUAUUCAGCAAAAUAUCCAAUAUAAGAAAUGCCUGAAGAAUAACAACUGCUCUAUAAUGAGAAUGAAUAGGAACAGAUGCCAGCAGUGCCGCUUCAAAAAAUGUCUGUCUGUUGGAAUGUCAAGAGAUGCUGUUAGAUUUGGCCGCAUUCCUAAACGUGAAAAACAGAGAAUGCUGAUUGAAAUGCAAAGUGCCAUGAAGACCAUGAUGAACAGCCAAUUCAAUGGCCACUCGUCAAAUGAAGCAUUAUCAGAACAUCAAGAGCAAGCACCUGAAGAACUUGCAUCCAAACCCCAACAAGAGCAGGAGAACAUCAAAAGUCCUUCUCCACCACCACCUCCUCCUCCUCCUCCUCCCUCUGACAUUGCCAAGGAAGAAGUGAUUGGUAUGGUGACCCGAGCCCACAAAGAUACCUUCAUGUACAACCAGGAACAGUCACAAAACCCAGCUGAGGCCGUGCAGCCACACAAUGGGGAGAGAAUUCCAAAGAACACUAAACAGUAUAGUUUGAAUAGUGACCGUUGUAGCAGUGGGCUUAAUGGCAUCCAUUAUACCGAAAAUGAGCACUAUCUCAGUGGACAGUACAAAGGGAGAAAUGUAAUGCAUUAUCCAAAUGGGCACACCAUUUGUUUGACAAAUGGCCACUGUAUGAACUUUACCAACAGUUAUACUCAAAGAAUAUGUGAUAGGAUUCCAGAAGAUGGGUUUUCUCCAAAUGAGAACAUGAAUGGUUACUCAUGCAACACUGGCAGGAGAAUGCAUCUGGUUUGUCCAAUGAGCAAGACUCCCUAUGUGGAUCCAACUAAAUCUGGCCAUGAAGUUUGGGAAGAAUUUUCCAUGAGCUUUACUCCUGCAGUGAAAGAAGUUGUGGAGUUUGCCAAACGUAUCCCGGGGUUCCGAGAUCUUUCCCAGCACGACCAGGUCAACCUUCUAAAGGCUGGAACCUUUGAGGUUUUAAUGGUACGGUUUUCAUCUCUGUUUGAUACAAAGGAACGUACUGUCACCUUUCUUAGUGGAAAGAAGUACAGCGUGGAUGAAUUGCAUUUGAUGGGAGCCGGUGAUUUGCUCAAUUCCAUGUUUGAAUUUAGCGAGAAGCUAAAUGCCCUGCAACUUAGCGAUGAGGAAAUGAGUUUGUUUACAGCAGUUGUUUUGGUAUCUGCAGAUCGAUCUGGAAUAGAAAAUGUCAACUCCGUGGAGGCACUGCAGGAAACAUUAAUUCGAGCGCUACGGACCUUAAUUAUGAAAAACCAUCCAAAUGAAGCCUCUAUUUUUACAAAACUUCUUUUGAAAUUACCUGACUUGCGUUCCUUAAACAACAUGCACUCUGAGGAACUCUUGGCCUUUAAAGUUCACCCCUAGGCCUUCAGCUCUUGAUGGUUACAAGGACUUGCCUCGUAUUAAGCUAUUUCGUGCUCAGAUAUUUAUAUAUUUGUACAACUUGUUGGAGAGAGAGGACUCGUUGAUUCUGAACGAUUAUUAGAUGUUCCAUAACGAUGCAAUAAUACACCAGAGUGAGAACGUUCAGCUGCUGGCAGCACAGCAUUCAGAGUCCUCCAAUGUAUCUGAAAUAAUCUGUCGCAGUUUUGCUGGAGAGUUUACUCUGAAUCUGAAUAGAUGUUGACUGAGGAUUUUUUGUUUUCCUCACUCAACAAAAAUAAAAAAUUCAGCUCCCUCUGAUGUAAAGCCAAUACAUAAUGGCUGUGUUGGAACAUGGACUUGGGUGGAAACAAUCCUGCACUGCCAAGGAAAUGAGAGAGAUGAUUUAUUUGUUUUUUCCUGCAUCUGAUGUAUGGACUUGUGAGGAAAGCUCUUGGUUCACUCAUGGUUUCACUGUUCUUGCUCCAUGAAAUUUGAUGGAAUGAUUUCAGUCUAGACCAACCCAUUAUUAAGUACUCACACAUGCCAUAUGUAUAUAAUAUAAAUAGAGACAUAGUGGGUGUUUAUGACCAUAUAAAGUACAGAGUUGUGUGUAUAUACAUGUAUGUAUAUAAAUAGUUCUAUAUAAAAAAUAUAUAUAUACAUAUAAUUUCUUCACAAUAUUUUAAACUGUGAAGGAGUUAAACCUACAAAAGAUGGUGAUUUAUGGCAAAACCAAAUAGAUGCACUUUGUGUAUUGCUAAAUAUCUGACCAUUUCUAAUUUUUAGAAAACAUCAAAUUUGCAUUGAAAUGCUGUGUUUGUUAUUUUAAGAAAAACUGUGGCACUAAAUGCACAGGGUCAGGUUCAGACUUUAUAAUGUCACACAGAAGCGAAAGGAAAUUGUUCAUGGUACUAGUUAGACUGAUUAUUCUUUGCCACUAAGUUCUUAUGGUGUGAUAACGGUUAAGCUGCUGAACACUGUUCAAACUGUUCAGGACAGCUGAAAGGAAAUUAUUAGAUGAGUAAUAGACUCUAUCGAUUCCUCCUGGAGGAAGAUUUCAGGAAAAGUAUAUCCAUCUAAUUAUCUGGAUUGCAUUAUUUAGUGUGCUCUGUGACCAUUUGUUUCUUACACUACACCAUUUUGCUGCUUGCCUGCUAGAUGAGAUUUGAAUUCUGGAAUGUGAGACAUCCCUUCAUCUCGUCAUAGUCUGGGUUUUCCCUCCUUCAUUUGUGUGUUAAUAUUAGAUCUGUAUGUUUUAUUUUGUGUAGACAAAGUUCCACUGGAUUUUCUGAUUUCUUUCCCCCCACCCCCGGCACCGCCUAAAAAAAACAAACAAAAAAAAACCUUUUAUAAUUCACGUAGGUAACAAAAAUUCCCAAAUGUUCAGGGUCUACUUUAUACUCUGAUAGUUUGCAGUCUUCAAAAGUGAUUCUUUAUGAGACUGGGUUUUUUCCAGUCACUGCAAGAAUAGAUGCCACAGAAUGUCGAUUAAAAAGCCAAAGCAGUGAAGUUCUAGUCAUGUUGCUGUCACAUAAUGUCAAAGGAAAAUCUUCUGUUACCUUUGUUUAAAUGGACUCAUGUCAAAAUUUGAUCCUCUAAGGUUUUAGAAUUUUGUAACACUAAGUGCUCUGUUAAUGGAUACUCGCCUCUCUUGUUGUUAAUGUGAUAUGAUAAGGGCACAACCCGGAAAGCCUUCUGAUUUGUAGAAUUCCUGUUAAGCUGGCAGGUUCAAAUCUCAAGUGGCCAUGGACCUGAUUCGAAGUUGAUUGAAGUCAGUGUGUCUUCCCAAAUCAUGGUACUGGGUUUUGGGUAUGGCCCUAUAAAUCCACUUGCAUCACACAAAUCAAUGGGAACUCUGCCACUAUAUACUUUUAUUGCCGGCCUCAUUGUAGCACAUACCAUACAAAGCAGAAUUCCCAAUGGCACUGCUCAAAAAAGCACCAGCAGGAAAUGGCCAGGAGGGUAAGUACAGACUUUCAUUGCUAAAAAGCAGAGGGCAGAGCUCUCUCCCAGCACUCCCCCACCUAGUAUCAUAGCAGCUAGGGGCAGGAGGGACCUGAACAGAUCAUCUAGCCUGACACCCUGCCACAGGCAGGAAUGAAUGCUGGGUUCACAAGACCCCAGGCAGGUGAUCAUCCAACCUCUUCUUGAAUAUGUCCAAGGUAGGGGCGAGGACCACCUCCCUGGGAAGUUGGUUCCAGAUUUUGGCCACCCUAACUGUAAAAUAUUGCCUUCUGAUUUCCAACCUAAACCUAUUCUCCAUCAGCUUAUGACCAUUGUUCCUCAUCACCCCAGGUGGUGCUGGGGAGAAAAGAGCUCUGCCUAUUUGAUGUUGAUUUCCCCCCUGAUGAGCUUGUAGACAGCCACCAGGUCCCUCCUCUUGCUGAGGCUGAACAGGUUCAGGUCCUUCAGUCUCUCCUCAUACAGCCUGUCCUGCUGCCCUCUCACCAAGUGGGUGGCCCUCCUCUGAACCCUCUCCAGGCUGGCCACAUCCCUUUUGAAGUGCGGCGCCCAGUACUGGACGCAGUACUCAAACUGCAGCUUGACGAAAGUCGCAUAGAGGGGGAGUAUCACCUCUCUGGACUGGCUUGAGAUGCACCUUGGAUGCAUGACAAAGUAUGGCUGGCCUUGCUGGCUGUGGUCUGGCAUUGUUCAUCUUGGAGUCGGUAAUGACUCCGAGAUCCCUUUCUGCCUCUGUGCUUUCAAGAAGGGAACUCCCCAGCCUCCCUCAGCUGGUGUGGUGUUGCAAAAGCUACCCUUCAAUUUCUAACUUUAUUACUCAUGGGAUAAUGGCCCCUUUUGAAUAAGCUUUUCAACCAGAUCACACUUUCAAGGCUCUCGCAUCACGUAGCAGGCUGCAUUCCACCAGUAUUACUAGCUUUGCAGCAUCACAGAACUUUUAUCCAAAAAAUCAGAUUUUGAAAGGACACAACUACAUUAUGUUUUGUUGUAUCUUGGAGUUGAGGUGGCUUCUUUGGAGACCUUAUUUUAAAAAGUGGAAGAUAAAAGUUGACCCUGGAAUUUUGGCCUCUUACAGAGGCUUCAUUACCACACAUACACGUAUUUUUUUUUCUUUUCAGAUUUUUAUUAUUAAGCCUUUAGGAAUGUAUAACCAGGACUGUGUGACUACCGCUUAUUGAAAUUUUAGUUAGGUGCAACAUAUAUGCAUAUAGGUAGAUAUUCUGACUUGUGCAAUUUCAGUUAAAUCUUCCUGUACAUAAUAGAAAAAGAACUCUGAUGAAAAAAACAGAUUGUUUAAAAGGAAAUGUUUAAAAUGACCCACGCAUCGCAAACGCUCACUGAGCUACAAAAAAUUAUAGAAACAAACCCCCCCGCUGAAUAAUCACAUUAGCCAUGUAUUGUGAGCUCAUUAUUUUACUGUGUCACUGGUUAUACACUUGUUAAAUGGUGAGAUAAUAGACUUCAUGCCAGAUGUUCAAGUACUGUAGAUGGGUCAUUGCUGAAAGAUCAAUAUAAUGUACUGUAUGACAAAUGAAAUUUUUACUUUGAUUUUACAUGUUUAAAAAGAUUAAAUAUGGGCAUUACAUCAGCAAACUAAA